UACAGAUGACAGCUCAGCUGAACAGACUGUUUAACCGGUUAGCCCUAGUCUCCGUCCCGAAACAUAUAGAAAUGGAAGUAUUAAUGUCCUACCUUCACAGCCAAAGGGGAUAACAUCUGCUGUAUUGCUAGAAAUACAGUGGGCUAAAUAUCUGCUUUUUUUGUUUGUUUGUUUGAAAGGAUCGGGAUCAAGCCUAAGUGAGAUGGAGGAUUCUGUAGAGUCUAAGUGGACGCUGAAGUCAGAUGCAAAAUCAGAGCCUUUUCUCUAUUGUUGCUCAGCCUGUGAUUGCAGUGAGGAGCCUUUCCGUGGAAAAGUAUUCCGGAACAGAACUAAAGCGAGGAGUAUGUCUAUGCCAUCAGCACCUAGCUCUGCCAAGUUCAGGAGGACACAGUCACUUCACGGACCAAGCCCUGUCACCACAUUUGGACCCAAAGCCUGCAUGCUGAAGAAUCCUAAAGCUGUCAUGCAUAUUCAAGAUCCAGCCAGUCAGAGAUUGACAUGGAACAAGCCACCCAAAAGUGUCCUUAUUAUAAAGAAAAUCAGAGACACCAGUCUGCUACAGCCUUUCAAAGAACUCUGCAUUUUUCUGACACAGCAAAAAAAUAUGAUUGUCUACGUGGAGAGGAAAGUCAUUGACGAUCCAGCCAUGGCUAAUGAGAGCUUUGUCUCCAUCAAGAAGAACAUUUGCACUUUUAGAGAAGAUUAUGAUGAUAUUUCCAAUUGUGUCGACUUCAUCAUUUGUUUGGGAGGAGAUGGGACUUUGCUGUAUGCUUCUUCUCUCUUCCAGGAGAGUGUGCCUCCUGUCAUGGCCUUCCAUUUGGGUUCUCUGGGCUUUCUUACACCAUUUAACUUCGACACAUUCCAAUCUCAGGUCACCCAGGUUAUAGAAGGAAAUGCCGCGAUAAUUCUACGCAGUCGUCUAGAAGUGAAGGUAGUGAAAGAAUAUAGAGAGAAUGGAUCUGUGGAGGAAAUGAGUUUAGUCACUAAUGGGAACAAAACUAUGCAGUAUCAAGUGCUGAAUGAAGUCGUUGUAGACAGAGGUCCGUCUUCCUACCUCUCUAAUGUGGACUUGUUUUUGGAUGGCCACCUGAUCACCACUGUUCAGGGAGAUGGUGUGAUAGUGUCCACUCCCACAGGAAGUACUGCAUACGCAGUAGCAGCAGGUGCCACUAUGAUCCAUCCUAAUGUUCCAGCCAUCAUGAUCACACCCAUCUGUCCACACUCCCUCUCUUUCAGACCCAUCGUAGUGCCUGCUGGCGUUGAGCUCAAGAUUAUGCUGUCCCGUGAUGCCAGAAACACGGCCUGGGUGUCUCUUGACGGCAGGAAACGGCAGGAAAUUGCCUAUGGGGACAGUAUUACCAUCACGACGUCAUGUUUCCCUGUUCCUUCCAUCUGUUUCCGUGAUCCCGUGAAUGACUGGUUCGAGAGCCUGGCCCAAUGUUUACACUGGAAUGUUCGUAAGAAACAGAGUCAUCUGAGUUCUGAAGAGGAAGAGUUCUGACCACAUUCCAAGCUUUUAUAGCACUGUUACUUAGAUAUGUUCUUCUUUUGUCUUUCAAAAGUUUUAGUACAUGCAGUAAUGUUUUCUCGUGUUUGCCAUAAUUAUCCAAGUGAAUCUCAUAAAACAAUGUCUCAUUUCAGCUAAAGAGGAAAAAAUACAAAAUU